AUGUUGAAGAUUUGCAAUCUUAAUAAAUAAAAUAAUGCACAAUGCAAAUAAACAAAAGACUUCUGCAUUCGCAUUUUGGCAUUUGCUGCAUAUGAUGCAUUCUUCUCUGAAAAGCCCUUUAAAUAAAUAUUUUAAGCAUUUUCAAUAUUGAUUGCUAUUUAUGCUGUUAUAAUAAUAGGAGCAAUGACAGAUAGAAAGAAAAAUUAUUUAAAUAAUUAUAUUUAGAAUAAGAAGAAUAAUAGAAAAAAAUAUUUUAAGUAGUUCGAAAUGGGAAUGUGA